GUGAUAUUUCUGGCUGAUUUGGUCAACAGCCGUGUUGUUUCAUCGGUUUCUUUAAUCGAAUUUUUUGAAGGAUUCUUGGAAGUAGCAUUCGAACAAAAUAUACCACAGUUAUUGCAAGUUUGGUCAGCAACAGAGAAUGAGCAAGAGGAGUAUUUGGAUUGUCUGUGGGCGCAAAUCUCGAAACUGCGUGAUGAUGGUUGGCUGGAAAGGCAUGUGAUACGGCACUAUAUUGCAUUCGAUGCGCAGCUUGUGAAUUAUCGCCGGAAAUCGGCUGUCCCGCUGAAUUACAUGAUUCUGGAAGUGAUAUUUUCCCAGCUGAUGCGAUUACCAGAUCCGGCAUCAUUGCCACUAUUCUAUGGAAGUAUUAUCCUCGAACUGUGCAAAACAAAGAAUAUGCCACAGGUAAUCGCACAAUCAGCCGAACUCUUUUACCAGCGAAUUGCAACAAUGCAUAUGACAUGUGUCGAUCGGUUUGUUGACUGGUUUAGUUACCACAUGUCGAAUUUUGAAUAUCGCUGGUCCUGGGCCGACUGGGAUGAUUGUUUGGUUUUGAAUCAGCAUGCACCGAAGCGUUAUUUUGUUAAGGAAGUAAGUUGA